CAACAUAAAAAGAUGAGUGUCUAUAGACUCCAGACAUCAGAAGGCAGCAGUAAAAAAGAAGCAAAGGGGGGUUUUAGCGCAGCAGAGAGAUAGAGAGAGAUCAAGAAUAUGGAUGAACAAGAAUUUCAACGCCUUCUUGAGCUCUUCCCAGCCGUUCGCUCUCCUGAUUAUUAUCUUGAUUUGGAUGCGUCAAGUCAAUCAACUUCCCAGUCCAAGCAGAAAGAGGAGCUGUAUCAGGUGAAGCAAUUGCAAGAUGGUCAGAGUAAGGGAGGUGUAGUAGAGUCCAAUACUCGAGCAAUGGGCCAUGGUGAAGCAUUUUGGGGCAAACUAAAAGCAGCUGCGGAGAAAAAGAUGAAUCCAGCAGAAGCAGAAGAAUUUUGCAAGACAUUUCGACAAGUUUACAGGAAACUUGUGGAUGAAGAACUGAGUUUGGAAGCUGCUCGGAGCUUGCUGAGCUCAUGAAGAUUUUUUCUCCAAACUGUUGUUACUUUUAAUCACUUGAUGUUAAAAAUACAGCUAUUUGUGUAAUAUAUUGAUGUAUUACUACAUACAUUGAGUUAUAUCAUUUUGUUUUUCUUAGUGAAAUGAUGUUACUCUGUAAAAAACUUAAAAACUUUGUUUUAUCUAAUGACUAAAGAAGGGUGAAUC